AUGCUAGAGAUGAGAGUUUCAGGGUUUAGGCUUCUUCUUUUGGUUUCUUGUUUCAUCUGCAAAUCCAAAGGAGCCAUCGUUCCUGCACUCAUCAUGUUCGGUGACUCCAUCGUUGACGUUGGCAACAACAAUAACUUACUCAGCAUUGUUAAAUCAAACUUCCCUCCUUAUGGCAGAGACUUCAUCAACCAAAGACCCACCGGAAGAUUCUGCAACGGAAAACUCGCCGUAGAUUUCACCGCCGAGUACCUUGGCUUCUCUUCAUACCAAACUGCAUUCCUAAAUCGAGAAGCAAGUAACGAGAAUCUCUUGAUCGGCGCCAACUUUGCAUCAGCUUCUUCAGGAUACUACGAUGCCACAUCUGUACCAUUUGGCGCCAUACCCUUAACACGACAGCUGAGCUAUUACAGGACGUAUCAAAACAGAGUGACUAGAAUGAUCGGGAGGGAGAGAGCACGCACGCUGUUCUCUAAAGCUAUCCACAUUUUGAGCGCAGGAUCUAGCGACUUUAUUCAGAACUAUUACGUCAAUCCUCUUCUCAACCUCCUAAAUACACCUGAUCAGUUCUCUGAUGUUCUCAUGAGAUCCUACUCAGACUUCAUCCAGAAUCUGUACGAACUAGGAGCAAGGAGAAUCGGAGUCAUAUCGCUACCGCCAAUGGGUUGCCUGCCUGCAGCCAUCACUCUUUUCGGUUUUGGAAACAAGAGUUGUGUCGAGAGGCUGAACCAUGAUGCGGUCAUGUUCAACACCAAACUUGAGCACACAACUCAGAGACUGAUGCACAGACACUCAGGCCUCAAGCUCGUCGCCUUUAAUGUCUACCAACCUCUACUGGACAUUAUCAACAACCCAUAUGACAGUGGAUUCUUUGAAGCAAAAAGGGCAUGCUGCGGAACAGGAACAAUAGAGACAUCGUUCCUUUGCAAUUCUCUAUCCAUAGGAACGUGUUCAAAUGCCACAGGAUAUGUGUUUUGGGAUGGAUUUCAUCCCACGGAGGCUGUGAACGAGCUGUUGGCUGGUCAACUAUUGGGUCAAGGGAUUUCUCUAAUCUCUUAA